AUGGACGAAAAAAUAGCAAGAUGGAUUUUGGAUUUCCUUCUGCGAACUUCGAUUGACGAGAAGAUCAUCAAUGGCGUACUUUCAUGUCUUCCUCUUCCAAACAACGAUUCCCGCUUAAAGAAGACGAUUCUUCUGCGUAAAAUCGAAUCGGAAACUAUAAAUGGAGUCGUUUCCGAGAAAAUUCUGGAAUUGCUGGAAAUUAUAGAGGAAUUGGAUCAUAGAUUGGGGAAAUUAGCCUCGGAUUUAAUGAAGGAGGCAUACUGUGCGGUUGCGGUUGAUUGUACGGUGCGAUUUUUGGAGGAAAAUGUGGUGGAAAACGGCAAGUAUUUCGAAGCAGUGGAGAGAGUUUGGAGAAAUAGGGUUUGUAGAAUGGAGGGGUUAAUAUCGGAGGAAUCGAACCGUUGGUUGAGAGAUAUCGAAGCGGCAGUUUGGGAUUCUGGUGUUUGUGAGAAGAUUUGGAGGAGAAAUACUAGGAAUGAGGCUUUGAAGGCUGUUAAAGGGUAUGUGAAGGAUCCUUGGAAGUGUAUUGGACCUACAUAUCUUGAAUUUGUGGCCAAUUUGGUUAGGGAUGAGGGAGAGGAGCUUCGUCGUGGCAACAGCGAUGCCGGUGGCGAGACCGUGGGUUCUGAUAAUCCAUGUUGUGAAUUGGUUGCUAGGGAAGGCUAUGCAAACACCCUUCAGGAGCUACAUUCAAGAGAUGCUGGCUCUUUGAUAUCCGAGGUGUUGCUGUUCGUGGCGUUAAUGGUGAACCUAUUACUAACAGAACCAGUUUCAGAGUCCAUAGCUGCUGCAUUCGCUUCAUGGCUUUCUGAUAAAAAGAAAGUUGAUGGUUCCAGGCCCAUGAGCGUUUCCAUUGGUCAUGAUUCUCGAAUUUCAGCCUCAAUGCUUCAGGUAUUAAACUAUCAUUUAGAUUGA